AGCAGGAGCACCAUCGGCAGGAGGUUCGUUCGGUCCUGUUUCCGAAAAGUGUCACCCCCCUUAAAGUGACGAGAUACCUAACGAAACGUGACAUACAUUUCCAACCGCCGGGUGAGGGGGUGAGGGAGGGCAAAAAAAAAGCUGUCACCGGUCGUACGGUCGUACGCCCUUCCGUUUGGGCAGCAAAGUGUCACGGAGUUCUAUUGCUAGAAGCGGAAGGAGUCUAUUUUCGUACUGCUUGCUGUUGAUAGUGAUUGUUUGUGGUGUCCCGCGUCGUGUCUGGACGACAAUUCCUGCAGGUACACGAUGGCGAUACGGGUGACAAAGAAAUGUUUUCUACUGUCCACGCUCGGUGUGCUGAUCCUGGCGGCGGCACUGACCGUGACCCUGGUGCUGGUGCUGCGGGACGAUGAAGAGAUCAGCGAAACGUAUCGCUUCACAGCCAGCACGAUCGAGCUACGGCUCGAAGAGCAACCGGACCACCGGUACGUCCUGAGCAUCUAUCGAGGCGAUGAUCGUGUGCAAAGGAUCACCUUCGAUCACGAUUUCACGGACGAUUCCGACAUCGAAACGUUCCCGAAAGGCAUGCGCCUGUUUGGUAAUGGGCACAACAUCGAAAUUCGUGAGCUGGAGGACAGUGCCGGCUUUGCCUACCUGAGCAUCACACGCACCUUGCGCAAGGGCCAAAUCGGUAGCGAUGUGCUGCACCUGCACGACACGUUCGGUCCGGAUCAGUCACCGCUGCACUGGUACGGUGGACCAGAGCUAAUGGAACAGUAUUAUCCGAUCGAGAAGCUACGCUUCGACGACUACCCGUACAUCACCAAAGAGCUGCACAGUGCGGCCAUCAUCGAGCGCUACUGGCUCAAUACCGCCGGUGUGUUCUUCUACGUCGACAAGGAAGUGCCCCUGUUUCUCGAUCAGGACGAUCAGGUGCUAAGGUUUAGCGCGAAGAAGGAACUACCGUACUACACGUACGACGACGAGUUCGUGUUCAGCUAUCGCGUUGGUGUGGCGGCGGAUGCACGUGAAGCCCACCACAAGGCGGUCGAGCGGGUGCUAAACCAACCGGUUGACAUUCCCGACGAGCGCAUGGUCCGGCAACCGAUCUGGUCGACCUGGGUGCGUUACCGGCGCCCCAUCAGCCAGCAAACGGUGCUGGAGUUUGCGCGCGAAAUCAAUGCGUACGAGUUCAAGAACGCCCAGCUGGACAUCGACGAUCUGUGGGAGGUUUGCUACGGAUCGCUCACGUUUAACACGAUCACCUUCCCGAACGUGACGGAAAUGAGGGAGAUGCUGCACGAGAUGGGUUUCCGCGUAACGCUCUGGGUGCAUCCAUUCAUCAACAAGAACUGUGAUCCCUGGUACACGGAGGCACUUAGCAAGGGCUAUCUCGUGAAAUCGCACAACGAAACCAUCGGUUACAACACCAAAUGGUGGAACAGUGCCGAAAACGAGGCGUCCUAUAUCAACUUCAACAAUCCGGACGCGGUCGAAUGGUACCGGCGACGAUUGCGCGAACUGCAGGAGCUCGGUAUCGACAACUUCAAGUUUGACGCUGGUGAGACGAGUUGGGCACCAGCUGAUCCGGACAUUGGUGGACCGACGGCAUUGCUACCCUCAAGCCAGACGGUUAACUUCGUGCGUAUGUGUGCCGCUUUCGGCGGUAUGAUCGAGAUCCGUACCGGUUGGGGUACGCAGGAUCUGCCCGUAUUCGUCCGAAUGCUCGAUUUUGACACACGCUGGGGCUGGAACAAUGGACUACAGUCGCUCAUACCGACACUGCUCCAGAUGAACCUGAACGGGUAUCCGUUUGUGCUGCCAGACAUGAUCGGUGGCAAUGUGUACGGGGACGAUAUACUCACGAAGGAGUUGUUUAUACGCUGGCUUGAGGCGAGUGUAUUCAUGCCGAGCAUACAGUUCUCCAAGACUCCUUGGGAUAUUGAUGAGGAGAGUAUAACGAUCUCGAAGAAAUUCGCUCAACUGCAUGAAGCAUACUCAGACUACAUCAUCCAACGGAUGCGCCUGGCAGUAUCGCACGGUACACCAGUAAAUCCCCCGAUCUGGUGGCUUGAUCCUACCGACAAGAUUGCCCAAACUAUUUACGAUCAAUAUCUGCUCGGUGAGGACAUUGUGGUUGCACCGGUGCUGGCCGAAUUUGCCACCGCCCGGGAUAUCUACCUGCCCAAGGGAACGUGGCGCGAUGGUAACACCAAUCGGGUGCACGAGGGUGGCCGGUGGAUUUACAACUACACGGCACCGAUGGACAUGCUGCCAUACUUUGUCUCUGCCACGUUCCAAGCAAACUGAGCAAACGCUGUGAAGGAUUUGGUGGUGAAUGCCAACAAGCAUAACCUGGUUAUGCUAGUUCCUGCUAGUUAACGCGUAACAAAACACGGGAACCAAAAGUGACCGGUAAAUUAAGGUACAGAGAGGGAUGAUACGGAACGCAAUCAUAGUGAUUUAUAUUUACUUAUUUUUUUCCGUCUAUCCAAAAUAAACUGAUAUCAGCUAUUGACCUACAAGGGUCGUGUUUUCAUUAGUUCUCUAUUUCACUGUAAUUUUAUUGUUACUUAUUAUCGUCUUUCGAUAUGGCGCACCAGCCCUUGGCCAAGUAGCUCAAAGUCUCGCACUAGCGCAUCUACAUUCAGCUGA